UUGACUUGUAGGUUUUUAGCUAAUAAGUUUGCUGCUGUCAAUCUUUUGCAGCAAAAAUAACAUUUUAUCUCCACCCGUUUCUGGGAAUAACUGCAAAUGGGAAUAAGCCUUUGGAGUGGUUGAGGCUUACAAGUCUUGGUGUAUUUGGUGCCUUAGUUAAGGUAGACAUGGAUAUACCUUUACCCAUAUUUUUAACUUUCAUAUUAUUGCCAAUACAGAAGUUUAGAGGGUGAGGGUCUAGAAGGAAAACUAAUUGUCCAUUUUCUGCUGAAGUCUGAAUUUUUUCCUAUGUGCCUCCGUUGCAUGGAACUUGGUGAUGAGCUCACUCAGACAGUUUCAGCUUGGGUGAUACUGAAGAUAGUGAUGGAAGAGGAGGGGUUGAAGUACUGCACUGCGUAUGGGGCACGGUUCUUCCAACUGGUUCGUGUACUCGCACAAGCGGUAGACCGACUCCCUGAGAGGCAGCCGUGUUUACGCUUACUAAGACUCCUUAUUCGCUGUUACCUUAGGCUCUGCGAAGCUCCAAGGGCAAUGUAUGCUUUUAAGAACUCUAUUCCUGCAAGAAUGACCCAAGAAAAAUUCAUCAACUUUCUUCGUGAAGAUCCACAGUGUGCAAGAAUGCUGCAACAACUGUUUCUCAAUGUCACUACCCACUAGAUCAAAUAGACGAAAGAAAGACGAAUAAAGGAAAGAUGAAUAAAGUAUUUAGAUGUAUGCCUUGUAUCCUCAAAAUGUAUGUGUUUUUUUAUGCAUGUUUUUGUUGUUAUGGAGGAUUUUAUCAUUCAGGAUAUUCUACCAGUGCAGUGUUUCAACUAAUGGAUUUAUGGUGUAGAUGUAACAUUAUACACUUCUUACGUAGUACGGAGUACA